AUGAAAGUGAAUGUGCAAGAAGAUGCCAUAACAGCUCUAGCCCAGUAUUAUGAUUCCCCGUUGAGGUGCUUCACUUUUCAAGAUUUUCAGUUGGCUCCGACCUUAGAGGAAUUUGAGCAAAUUCUAGACUUGCCUUUGGAGGGUCAACAGCCAUAUCGCCCUAUGAAACAUCAUGCAUCUCUGCCGACUAUCGCCAAUGUCUUAAGGAUUUAUCCAGCCGAGUUACAGCAAGCUUACCAAGAAAAACAUCAAAAUAGAGGAUUCACAAGAGAAUUUCUUGAGCGACAAAUGCAUAAUUUGGCAGAAAAAGAAGAUUGGGAGACUUUCAUAGAUGUCCUAGCACUCACCGUUUAUGGCAUUGUCCUUUUCCCUAAGCAUGACAACUUUGUGGAUUUAGCAGCAAUAGAUGUGUUUCUUGCAUGCAAAAAUCGAUCUGAAAAUCCUGUCCCUGCACUACUAGCUAAUGUUUAUUGUACACUGAGUUUCUGCCAUGAAAGGAAAGGAAAGAGGAUUAUAUGUUGUCUACCUAUGCUUUAUAUAUGGCUCACAGCUCAUGUCUUUAAAAGGCCAAGUGAGAUCAAGUGUCCGAUCACUGAUUUGCUGAGGUUUCAAAUUGGGCAGAAAAAUGGUCAAGAGUGGGCUAAUCACUUAGCCAGUUUGAAUGAAGGACACGUCAGGUGGCACACUCCAUGGCAACAAUCAAUGACUAUUGUUUAUCAUUGUGGCAAUUACCCAAAUGUUCCUCUUAUGGGUACUCGGGGUUGUAUAAAUUACAAUCCAAUUAUGGGACAACGUCAGCUCGCUUAUCCCAUGAUGGGACCACCUGCUGAGGAAUUGUUGAUUCCUUUUGUUGUCUAUUAUGAAGAUGGAAAUUUCACUGAGCUUAUCCAAAAGGCAAGGAAUGCUUGGGCAAGGGUUGUUCGAAAAGGAAAAGAGUUAGGCGUGAGAAGUUGUGCAGCGAAAGCAAGUUACCGUCAAUGGGUUAAAGAAAGAGUCCAAGAGAUUAAGUUACCAUUCAAAGAUCCAGGUACCUCCCAAGAAAGUGAGCCAUCUAAUCCAGAACCCUUUGAGAAUGAACAAGUAAAAGAAUUAAAGGUAAGACUGGCUAAGAUGAUUGAAAAGAAUGUGAGGGUAGAAAGGGAGCUUCGAGAGAGCCGUCAAACUUGCGCCAUUUUGAAGAGAGAAAACAGUGAAAAACAACAAGCCUAUGAAGAGGUUUGUAAGAAGCAGAAGUCUGUGCAAAGCCAUACAACUAAAGUUCAACGUUGCCUUGAAGCUGCAAACAAGGAAUUAGGAUUGAGGGUGAAGGAGCGAAAUGCAGCUUUAUAUGAGAAACGACAAUUGAAAGGUGAAUUGUACAAGGCAAAAAGAGAUCGAGAAGAAGCUUUGACUCAAGCCAGUGAACUCCAAACACGAGUGAAAAAUAUGGAAGAGCAGAUAAAGGAAAUUGUCAUGGCAUGCGAGGCUGAAAUUAAUGCUGAAAAGUGGGAAGUGAUCAGAAUCAUGAAAGAGUAUGAAGCUAUUGUGAAAGUGAAAGAUGGUCAGAUAGAAGAAGGAGAUAAGCUUAUUGAGUAUUGGAUCAAGCGCUUCAUACAACUUGCAUAUUAG